GUAUAUAUUAAACAAAUAUGGCAACAGAAGAAAAACCGCCACGAGUCGCACUCAAUUAGUCAAGAUCACACAAUUUCUUCCUAUAUAUAUAUACAACUUAAUAUAUAUUAAACAAAUAUGGCAACAGAAGAAAAACCACCACAAGAUGCGACUCGUCGCCUUCAACCUAAGAAACAAACGUUAGAUGAUGCUUACGCAGUUCCAGCAAAUUUUCUAGAAAUUGAUGUUCUCAAUCCAAUUACACACGGUGUAGCACGUAAACGAUAUACAGAUUAUGAAGUUAGAAUGAGGACAAACUUGCCUGUUUUCAAAAUGAAGGAACUGAGUGUGAGGAGGCGCUACAGUGACUUUGAGUGGUUAAGAAACGAACUUGAAAGAGACAGCAAGAUCGUAGUUCCAGCUCUACCAGGCAAAGCUUGGAUAAGACAGCUUCCUUUCAGAGGAGAUGAAGGGAUAUUUGAUGAAGAAUUCAUUGAAGAGAGGAAAAAAGGACUUGAAAUGUUUAUUAACAAAGUCGCCGGUCAUCCACUAGCUCAGAACGAGCGGUGUCUACACAUGUUUCUUCAGGAUCCAGUGAUUGACAGGAACUACGUUCCAGGCAAGAUCAGAAACUCGUGAAUCAGAGCCAGGCUUAUUGAAUAAAAUUUCUAAUUUAAUGAAACAAACUUUUCUGACGUGUUCCAAUCCGUGACUUAGGACUUUGUUUCGUCAUUCCGUGCUUUAGAAACAUUAUGAUUUUAUGCUUUGUUUUGACAGUGUUCACAACUGCUUAAAGUCACCAUGAAGGAAUAUUUGAAUUUUUAAAUGAGUCACCAACUUACGUACGUAUUUCCAAGAGCUAUAAGCAGCAGUGGAUUAUAACUUAAAUAUUCCACAUACGGGUGUGUGUGUGUAUGUUUGUACAUACUCCUUCCUUAUUUCUGAGUUUGCAUGAAAUUCGCUUCAAGCAUUUGUAAAUCUGCUGUUAUAGGUUGUAAGUUUCAUAUGAUUUUCUAUUUCUGUGACAAAAAUACAUAUUUAAAACUUCGGUUUCACUGUGCUAUCUAGUAAAACAAUGUUGUGUUUAGACUCGAGGGAGCAGCUGGUAUCUGUUUCCUUGAGCGAGUAAUUACACCUUUCAGACUUUUGUUUUCUCUCUCUCUCCAAGAGUAGUAAAGUGUGUGUAUACUUUUGUGUAUUAAAUAGGAGAAACUUGACAUUUAAGUGUCUGGCUAACUUGAAUGCUGUACAUUUGCAACAUUGAAAAUCAAUAAAUUAUACAACAAUUGUAUUUGGAUUGUUUCAAA